AUGGGAAACGACGCGGAAACGACGCCGCCAGCUGCUUCCGCAGCCGCGGAAGAGCAGAAGCCCGCCGAUGCCGCCGCGGCCGACGCGGCUCCCGCAGUAGAUGCUGCCGCUACGGAGGGGGAGGAAAAGAAGGAGGGGGAGGGAGCGGAGAAGAAAGAGGGGGAGGGGGAGGGCGAGGGCGAUGGGGUUGCUAAGAAGGACGCGGAUGAGCUUCAGCUGUACCCUCUGGCGGUGAAGGGACCCGCCGGGGAGGAGAUCGAAUUGCAGGUGAACCCCGCAGAUACAGUAAUGGACUUGAAGCAGUUUCUGGCCGACGCGCCCGAGACGUGCUUCUAUACCGCGUAUGACCUUAUUCUCACCAAGCCGGACGGAUUGCGUUACCACCUCAUGGAUUACGUGGAGAUCGGGGAGGUUGCUGACGUUGCAGCCGGCGGGUGCCUGCUGGAGAUGUUCAACACGUUCUACGACGACCGCGCGGUGCGGCUGCACGUGCGUAAAACGAGGGAGCUUAUUUCGAUGGCGGGUUCGUACUCUAGCGCAUCUACGGCCAUGGCGGCGGAAUAUGAGCUAGUUAAGGGUCUCGCGACGGAGCGCGAGCUUGGGGGGGAGGAGAAGGAGGAGGGGGAGGGGAAGGAGGGCGAGGGGGAGAAGGGGGAGAAGGACGGGGAGAAGGAUGGAGACGAGGGCGGGGAGUGGAAGAAGAGCGGGAAGGGGAAGAAGGGGAAGGGGCGGCGGAGCAAGGAGGAGGAGGCGAAGGAGAAGGAGCGGAGGGAGAAGGAGAAGGAGCGGGAGCGCAAGGCGAAGCUUCCGAGCAGCAAGGCGCGGAUGGAGGAGAUCGCGUCGCUGGAGCAGGGCGUGGGGCUGGGCGAUGAUCCCAAGGGCGUGCUCGCCAAGGUGAUGGUCAAGGGCGGCGCGGACGAGGACGCCGCGCCUGUGUGUGUGGAGAGCAUCGCGUUUUCCUCCUUCAACCCUGAGGUAGGUAAGUUGAUCUUUCUUGAGGGGCGCGGAUGGAUGGAGGAGAUCGCGUGGGCGUCGCUGGAGCAGGGCGUGGGGCUGGGCGAUGAUCCCAAGGGCGUGCUCGCGAAAGUUAUGGUGAAGGGCGGCGCCGACGAGGACGCCGCGCCCGUGUGCGUCGAGAGCAUUGCGUUCUCCUCCUUCGACCCCGUGCCCGGCCCCAGGAGCAUCGCGCUCUCCUCCUUCAACCCCGUUCCUGGUCCCAGAAGGCUGCAGGGCGAUCUCGUCUACCUGGAGGUGGUGACAGCAGAAGGCAAGCUCUUCUGCGUGACGGCGCACACUCGCGGGCUUCUUUGUCAACCACAGUGGCAGCUGCAGGGCGACCUGGUGUAUUUGGAGGUGGUGACGGCAGAGGGAAAGCUCUUCUGUGUGACGGCUCACACGAGGGGCUUCUUUGUCAACCGCAGUGGCAGCGGCCGCAAGCUGGACCCGCGCCCCGCUGAGCCCAAGAUGGACGCGUCCACUCUCAUUGGCCUGCUGCGCCAGAUCAGCCCGCUCUUCUCCAAAGCCUUCGCGGAGGUGAUCGAGCGCAAGGCCAACCGCCACCCGUUCGAGAACAUGCUGGCACCGCUGCCACCCAACGAUUGGGCAGCAAAGCCCAUCUGGGGCGGCGCGGACGGCACGGGGCCACUACAGUACACGCGUGACGUGGCGCGAUCCGAAGACGCCCUAAUGGCUCCCUUCGGCAUUGAUUUCAGCGGUGUGUUGAGGGACUGGAAUGAGGAGCUCCAGAGCUGCAGGGAGUUACCGCGUAACUCGUUACAAGACCGGAUUCUGCGCGACCGGGCCUUAUAUCGAGUCAGCUGCGAGUUUGCUGAUUCGGCGGUGCGCGGCGCGAAGGCUGUGAUUGGCCGGUCGAUCCCGCCGAUUAACCCGCACGAUGCGGAUCGAUUCCAUAUGUAUGUCCAUAAUAAUAUCUUUUUCUCGCUGGCUGUUGACGGGGAUUUUGCGGCCCUGCAGCAGAUUAGAGAGGCGGAGCUGAAGCAGCAGGCGGAGGCGGAGGCUGCUAAGAAGGGGGAGGGGGAGGGCGGGGAGAAGAAGGAAGGGGGAGAGGAGGGGAAGGAGGAGGGGAAGAAGGAAGAGGAGGAGGAGGAGAAAAAGGUGGAGACGAAGGAGGAGAAGAAGGAGAAGAGGGAUAAGAAGAAGAAAGAAAAGAAGGAUAAGAAGGAGAAGGAGAAGAAAGAGCAGGAGGCGGCAGCAGAGGAGAAAAAGACGGAGGAGGCAAAGGCAGAGGAGGGCGAUAAAAAGGAAGGGGAGAAGAAGGAGGGGGAGAAGACAGAAGGAGAGGAGGGGGAGAAGAAGGAAGGAGAGGAUGCAGCAGCAGCAGCAGCGGCAGUGACAGAGGCAGAGCAGGCAACGUAUGCAUCGUCCAACAAUGACCUCAAGGGCACCAUGGCUGUGAACAACGCCGACAUCCCUGGGCUGUACUCUCUGGCCAUGGCCAUUGUGGACUACCGCGGGCACCGAGUCAUUGCUCAGAGCAUUAUCCCGGGCAUCCUCUACGGCGAUCGCACCACUCAGAUGCUGUACGGGUCGGUGGACACAGGCAAGACCAUCAAGUGGAGCGACUCCUUCCACCCCAAGGUGGCUGAGCUGGGGAAAGCGCUGCACCUGAAGGAGCACAAGGUGACGGACGGGGAGGGCAAGGAGGCGACGCUCUGCUCGCCUGUUGAGACAAAGGGCAUUCUGGGCAGCGAUGACAGGAAGUACCUGUUGGAUCUGAUCCGCCUCACUCCCCGCGAUGCCAAUUUCACCGCCACAACCACCACCCCCACCACCGCUGCCACCGGCACCAAUACCAACACCACCGCCAACGCCGCCAGCGCUGCCAACGCUGCCAACCGCCUGGCGAUUCUCCGUCCCGAGCUGGUGGAGAAGUUUUGCCGGGAGGAGCAGGUGGAGCGGUGGAUGGCUCAGAAGGGCGUGAGCGAGCGGCCGAGUGCAGAGGAGGUGGAGGCGCUGAGGGAGAAGGGCGAGCUGCCUGACGUGCUGUUUAACCCGAACGCGCUGACUGAGUUCAAACUGGCUGAUGAUUCCAAGGAGGUGGAGGAGGACGAGGCGCUGGUGCGCAAGGCAGGCAAGUACCUGAUUGAGACAGCGCUGCCAGCACUGGUGGCGGAUAUCAAGAGCUCCGAAGGGUGGCCCGUGGAUGGCCGCUCGCUUGCAAGCACCAUGCACGCCCACGGCGUCAACCUGCGCUACCUGGGCCGGGUGGCGAAGGAGGUGGCUGACGUGGAGCAGGUGUAUUGGCUGUGCGUAGCCGAAAUGGUAGUGCGAGCCACCAAGCACGUGCUCAAGGCCGUGCUGCGCGAGACGCUCGAGCAGGACGUGGCCGGCGCCAUCGCCCACUUCCUCAACUGCUUCCUCGGCACCUCCACCACCACGCCGCCGCCCACGCUCCCCGGCGUUGGGGAUACGGACAAAACCGAGGGCGGCGCGGCGGGCGGCGGGGGGAAGAAGAAGAAGAAGGGGAAGGGGGGAGAGAGGAAGGAUGGGGAGGAGAGGAAGGAGGAGGGGGAGGAGAAGAAGGAAGCGUUUUUGUUUGUGGUGGAUGUGCCGGGGUACACUCGCAUCACGGCGGAUAUGGUGUGGUCUGAUAUCACUGAAGGCGUCAAGUACAAGUAUCAGUUCGAGAUCCCUCCUGAGACGCGCAACAUGCUUCGCAGCCUUGCUACCCUCCGCAACAUCUGCCUCAAGAUGGGCAUAGUCCUGGCAGCCAGGGAUUACAACCUCGAGUGUGACGUGCCCAUUGCAAUUGCAGACGUGUGCGACCUGCUGCCGCAAGUCAAGUUCGCCUCGCCCGCGUGCAGCGACGCUCAGAAGCUGCUGGAGAAGGGCAAGAGCCUCGUGCACAAGGUCGGCUUGCCUCUGCGCCCGCGCUUCUCCGCCACGCCUCAGAGCGGGCAGUGGCUGCGGGAGCACGAGACAACUCUGAAUUCCGCGUUUGAGAUUCUCAGCGAGGCCUACCAGAUCCUGCAGCAGGUGUGCGGGCCACUUCAUCUGGACGUUGCAGCAUGCUGCAGGUACCUGGCUCUGAUCUUCUACCACGCAGGAGAGACAGGCAAUGCCAUUCUGCAGCAGCAUCGCGAGCUGAUCAUCAACGAGCGGGUUGUGGGGACGGACCACCCCGACACCGUGCACAGCUACGGCAACAUGGCGCUCUACUUCCAUGCCAUGGGCGAAUCCGAGCUUGCUCUGCGUCACUUCAAGCGCACCCUGCAGCUGCUCUCGCUCUCAGCUGGCAACGACCACCCGGAGGUGGCCUCGCUGUUCGUCAACAUCGCGCUCACCUACCAGGACAUGGGCAAGUUACAGAACGCAUUGAAGUAUGUGCAGGAGGCGGUGCGAGUGAGUGAGAAGCUGCUGGGGGAGAAUCAUGUGCAGGUGGCCGUGUGUCACCAUGCUCUCGCCCUCGCCUUCUCCUCUAUGGGGGCGUUCAAGCUCGCUCUACAGGAGGAGCGCAAGGCACAGGCGGUGUUUGAGAAGGCGGUGGGGAAGGAGGACCCGCGCACCAAGGAGUCAGAGCAGUGGGUGCAGUCGUUCCUCGACCGCGAGCUCAGGGCGCAAAAGCAGAAGGUGGGGCAAUCAGCAGCAACAGUCCAGCAGCAACAAGCAGCAGCUCUCCGUGUGGCCGAAGCUCUCAAGGUGUUGCAGGCAGCAGCAGCGCCCGGAGCAGGAGGCUCCACCUCGUACCAGCGUGCCGUGGCUGACGCUCUGCUUCGGGGAGAGGUCCCCCCUCCUGCUCCCGGAGCUGGUGCAGGCAGGUUCGGCGGAGGCAUGGGAGCUACAGGCUCCUCAGGCACUGGCAUUCGAGCCAGAGGUGUGGACGAGCGGGCUUCCAGGGCUGCUGCAGAGGCUCGGCGGAAAGCAGCGGCUCGGGGGGUGAACCUGCGAGGAGCUGCAGGUUCGGCAGGUGCCCGAGCCGGUGCACCCAGUGCAAUGGACAUGGAAGAACUGAUUAAUUUCAUCAAUAGCACGUCACCAGCUUCUGGUGCGGCUAGCUCUUCGGCUAGCAAGACAGGCUCGGCAGCUGCUCCGGCAGCUGGCUCGGCAGGUGGUUCGGCGGCGCCUGCUGGGCUUGGCGGUGUGGGCCUUGGUGUUGGUGUUGGUGCUGUCUCAGGAGCUCCGCCUCCCACGAAAGCUGGAGGAAAGAAAGGUGCGGGAGCAGCAGCGGCAGCAAGCAAGCCUGCAGCUACGGCAAAUGGAGAAGCAAGUCAAGGGGAUGCUCCUCUGGGUCUUGGGGGGGGCCUUGCUCCCUUGCCUGGUGGCAAGGGUAAGGGCAAAGCCAAGUAG